GGCCGAUCCAAUUCAGGGUUUCAUGUGCGCUCCUUUAAAAGCCACCUCUAACCCCCAAACCCUAAUCUCCCUCAUCUCUAGCAGCGUUGGAAGAGAAGAACCUCUGGUAGGUAAGCCAUGGUGAAGCAUAACAAUGUCAUCCCUAACGGACACUUCCGUAAGCAUUGGCAGAACUAUGUCAAGACAUGGUUCAAUCAACCCGCCCGCAAGACAAGGAGAAGAAUAGCUCGUCAGAAGAAGGCUGUCAAGAUUUUCCCCAGGCCUACUGCUGGUUCUCUCAGGCCUAUGGUUCAUGGACAGACCUUGAAGUACAACAUGAAGGUCAGAGCCGGCAAGGGAUUUUCUCUUGAAGAGUUGAAGGCUGCUGGCAUUCCCAGAAAGCUUGCUCCUACUAUUGGCAUUUCUGUUGAUCAUCGCCGCAGGAACCGCUCAUUGGAAGGUCUGCAAGCUAAUGUUCAGAGGCUGAAAACAUACAAGGCUAAGUUGGUUGUCUUCCCAAGACGUGCACGCAAGGUUAAGGCUGGUGAUUCUACUCCAGAGGAACUUGCCAAUGCCACACAGGUCCAGGGAACAUACCUGCCCAUUGUGAGGGAGAGGCCAUCUGUUGAACUUGUUAAGGUUACAGAUGAAAUGAAGGAGUUCAAAGCUUACUACAAGCUUCGCCUUGAACGUACAAACAAGCGCCACCAAGGUGCCAGACUGAAGAGGGCUGCUGAGGCAGAAAAGGAAGAGAAGAAGUAGAGUUCUUAAUUUAUUCAUAUAAUAGUUGUUGCUUCAAGACAAAUUUUGCUCGAACUUUGUUUUAUUAAGAACAAUCAUAGACCUUUCAAGUAUUUUGUUAACUGUUAUUUCAAGUUUGUUGAUUCAUCUAGUGCUCUGGUUUGUGUGGAUUAUUUGGCAGUAUUUAUUUUUAUUCAGGCCGUGUUUUCUUA